AUGGUCGAGAACCUGGCAGAGCUCGCCAAGAAUGCUGACGUCGACUUUAUUGUCGGAGACUGGCAGUCAGAGUACAACAUGGCAGCACGCGGGAUGAUCAAAGCCCAGCGUUACGAAAGCCCAAAUAUUGACGCUGCUCCAGCAUUCGAACAGCAGUUCGUCGACUCUUUCCAGAGCGCCCUGCCAGACUUGGCUGCACGAAAGAUCAAGAUGGCCGUCAAUGCCGGGGCAUGCGACACGGAACUUUUAUAUCAAAGUAUACAGAAGAUUGUCGAGGACUCUGGAACAGACCUGCGUGUUGCUUGGAUCGAAGGGGACGAAGUUCUCGACGCCGUGCAGCAGUUCGUUUCUGAGGGAACAAAACUUCGAAACAUCACCACCGGCCAGUCUUUUCAGGAAUGGGGACAUAGCCCGGUGUAUGCGCAGUGCUACCUAGGCUCACGAGGCAUCUCUCAGGCUUUCACGAAUGGGGCUGACAUUGUCCUAUACGGUCGCGUGGCCGACGCAGCUCCAACCAUGGGCGCUGCUGCAUACUGGCAUGGGUGGUCUAGCACACAGUAUCAGGAACUCGCACACGCCUUGAUCGCUGUUCAUCUGAUUGAGUGCUCUUACUACGUCACUGGCGGCAACUACAUCGGCUUCAAGACGAUCCCUCAGGGCAAGAGUCCCCUGUUAAAUCUGCCCAUCGCCCGCAUCCAAUCUGAUGGUACCUUUUUCAUUGAGUGCCACCACUCUAAGGAUAGAGGCGGUCAAGUUUCUGUCAACACCUGCCGAUCUCAGCUGCUUUAUGAGCUGCAGGGCAAGCGAUACUACAACUCGGAUGUGGUCGCCAUCGUGGAUCAGGUGAAGGUGGAACAGGCCGGCCCUGAUAGUGUCUUUGUACAUAACAUUGGCUUCGAAAAGCCUCCACCCACGACAAAGGUCGGCCUAACUGUCCCCGGAGGCUACCAGGCUUAG